CUUGUACUUGAGCUAUCCCAUGCACACCACAAGGCGCGUUGGAACGUGCACACCCUUUCAUGCUUCGUGGCCCGUCGUCGGCAUGCCUUGCUUCAUCAUCGUGUAGUAUGGGAAAAUAAUUUGAAGUGACUCAGUCCCACCAUUCCUCUUAAGACAACAUGCUCAAUCCUAGCAUUGUAGUCAUGAGAUAUAAAGGUAAGCGAUCCCCUUCUUUGUUUAGGUUUUAUGAAAAUCGAGAACAAAGUCAAGUUUCAUCACGCUGCAUUCAUCCAAGAGCCUUGCUUCUUCUUGGACUUGAGUCUCGUGUAACAGCUUCCCCGCAUCGAGGCUUGCACUAGAUCCAAUUACCACCAUACACUUGCUUGUCGACGAAUUACUUAUCUUUGUCUUCUCCCCUCUCGAGGGACGUGUGUUUCCUGUAACACUUGAUUCAAAAUGUCUGCGGCUUCUAUCUAUUCGACCACGGGCACUGUUGCCUCAGUUUUCCAAAGGAUGGCUCAAAAUGGGCGUCCAGAUGUGGAUAUUGUUCUCGAUAAUCACAAGGAAGGAAAGACAUAUACGACAUUCGAUGCUAUUUCUGGGAAAGUCAACAUUACAGCUCCUCAAGAAGCUCGAUUCGAUGAGAUUCAUAUCACAUUCGAGGGGACAGCAAGAACAGCUAUCGAGAACUUAUCUCCCCACACCACCAAAUCCCGCACUACAGCCAGACACAACUUUCUCAAGCUUACUAUGCCAAUCAGAGAAUCCGAUUACCCACAACCACGAGUUGCGGAGGCGGGAAGAACAUACAUUUUUCCUUUCAACUUUGUCGUUCCCGAUCAAUUGCUUCCAAGAGCGUGCUCGCAUGCGACAGUUGGGGACCAUGUGCAACAAGCACACAUUCAACUUCUUCCAAGCAUGGGCGACCGAGCUCUGCCACUGAAGGAUGAUUUGUCUCCGGAUAUGGCCAUUGUUGAUUAUGCUGUCAGAGUCAAGGUUGUCAGAAACAGAGAGCGAGAUAACAAGGAUAUGGUCCUGGUGGAUGGCUUGAGAAGGAUCCAUAUCGUUCCAGCUGUAGCAGAAGCACCACCUCUGAACAUCAGACUCGCAGAUAAGGACUACACGCUGAGCAAGACGAAGUCGUUAAAGAAGGGCAUGUUUUCUGGGAAGUUGGGAAAGAUCACGGUAUCGGCUGAGCAGCCUGGUGCGCUCGUCAUUCCGGCUCCCGCUUCCAAAACGACAGUACUACCAACAACAAUGGCAACUAUCAACCUUCGCUUCGAUCCUCAUGACGCUUCAUCUCAACCGCCAAGAUUAGGUGGUUUGACAACCAAGAUCAAGUCCACGACAUUCUUCUCAACCAGACCAGCGGUCGAUUUCCCAGCACACUUCAGCCAGCAGAUCCACUUCGAGACCACGAGAGGCAUCUACGAUACUUCCGUAUCUCUGAGCUCCCGCUGCGUCGAAUCGGUAGCUUGGACCCAACAAUGCGCAUCACCCGCAUAUAGACGAGGAUCAUCAUCAUCCACAUCUUCCUCCGACGACCAUUCCGACUGCGCACAGUCCCCAUCCGAGAAAAGCAGCAUAUAUUACACAGCCAGCAUCGUCGUACCCAUCACACUACCCGCAUCCAAACGCUGGAUCCCAACAUUCCACUCGUGCAUCACAUCACGAGCAUACAUCAUCGGGUUUUCGCUUACCAUUCACACACCCGGCACAGGUGUCCCUGCUUCGACAGUGAACUUGCAUGUGCCUGUACAGAUCGCAGCUGAUGCGAACAAUGACCGCAGAGCUUCUCUGACGGAUGAGGAGGCGGCGAUUGAGUUGGCGGCACAAGAGGCAGAGGAGUAUCUCAGACCGAGAGUACUGGAAGUUCCUCGUGAGGAGUUGAUUGGAAGGAGUGUUUUGGGGUCUGCGACAAUGGAGUUACCUCCUAGCUACGAGGAUUUUGCGCCGAGACGAGUUGUGGAUCCUGGGAGAGGAUGAAUGGAGAUAUAUAAUGGAAAUGGUUUCUUUUUUGAUAGCGGUUUUGUUUGCAUGGCGUUGGGGAAAUUGGAUUGGGUUUGAUGGGAUUUGGAACGGGAUUUGGUCGGCGGCUCUGGAUGAGCGAAAUUGGAUGUAUGGUUUUGGGUUGAUAAGGAGUACAUACGAUACCCAUAUAGAUAUAUAAUACACGAA